GACCGCGACCAGCCACCGUCUCGCCCGCCCCGCCUCGCCCCGGCGGUUGCUUCAGAUCUCCUCUUCCCCCCCACCCCGAGCGCCCAGCGCGGCAGCAGCGCCAACCCGCGCGCCAUUGCACGCGCGCGUAUAUAAAUCCUAUCCCCAUCGCUCUCCCCCACCCGCCCCGCCCCCCUGCUGCGCGUCUGCUCCGCGCGCCAUGAUCUGAUUCCCGGCGGUGGGCUCGGUCGGUGAGGCUGCUGCUGUCCUCUGGAUCUGGGGGUGAUCGGUCGCAAGCCGAGUCGGGGGGAGGAGCGGGAUCUCGGGCGCACGGAAUGGAGGUCUUCGGCCCCGUCACGCCCGGACAGGUGUCAUUUUUGCUAGGUCUAUUCCCUGUCCUCAUCGCAUGGAUCUACUCCGAAAUCCUCGAAUACAGGAAGUCUUCAUCGCAUGGGAAAGUUCAUUCAGAUGCAAAUUUGGAUAAUGGAACCAUCAAGGAGGAAGACAAGACGGUAUUACUUGAAGGAGGCCAGUUGAAAUCACCAUCCACAAAGUUCCGGAACUUGUCUACCAAAGCCAAUUUGAUUCGGUUUAUAACAAUGGACGAAUCUUUUCUGCUUGAACACCGUGCUGUACUGAGAGCCAUGGCUGAGUUUGGCAUUGUUCUGGUUUAUUUUUAUAUUUGCGACCGGACAAACAUAUUUCCAGAAAGCAAGAAGAGCUACAACCGUGAUCUGUUCCUGUUUCUGUACAUUCUUCUUAUCAUAGCAUCAGCGCUUACCUCACUUAAGAAGCACCAUGAAAAAUCAGCAUUUACCGGAAAGUCCAUACUCUAUCUUAAUCGGCACCAAACUGAGGAAUGGAAAGGGUGGAUGCAGGUCUUAUUCCUGAUGUACCACUAUUUUGCUGCCUCAGAAAUAUACAAUGCAAUUCGUGUGUUCAUUGCUUGCUAUGUCUGGAUGACUGGAUUUGGGAACUUCUCAUAUUACUAUAUCAAGAAAGAUUUUAGUAUUGCAAGAUUUGCUCAGAUGAUGUGGAGGCUAAAUUUCUUUGUGGCAUUCUGUUGCAUUGUCCUUGACAAUGAUCUCAUGCUCUACUAUAUCUGUCCAAUGCACACACUAUUUACUCUUAUGGUUUACGGAGCACUUGGUCUGUUUAACAAAUACAACGAGAUACCAUCAGUCAUGGCUAUUAAGAUUGCUUGCUGCUUCUUGUCUGUAAUUUUGAUAUGGGAAAUUCCUGGGGUAUUUGAACUAUUGUGGGCCCCCUUUACAUUCCUACUAGGCUAUAAAGAUCCAUCACCUGCUAAGGCACACCUACCCCUUCUACAUGAGUGGCAUUUCCGAUCUGGCCUUGAUCGAUAUAUAUGGAUUAUUGGAAUGAUUUAUGCUUACUUCCACCCUAAUGUUGAAAGAUGGAUGGAGAAGCUGGAAGAAUCUGAGACUAAGGUUAGAUUAUCAAUCAAGGGAACCAUCGUGACUCUUUCAGUGAUGGCUGGUUACCUGUGGUAUGAAUAUAUAUACAAGCUAGACAAAGUUACAUACAACAAGUACCAUCCCUACACGUCAUGGAUCCCUAUAACUGCUUAUAUCUGCCUGCGCAAUUGCACCCAGCAGUUGAGGAGUGCCUCUUUGGCUCUUUUCGCAUGGCUUGGCAAGAUUACACUGGAGACUUAUAUUUCUCAGAUCCACAUUUGGCUUAGGUCUAGCAUGCCAAAUGGACAGCCAAAAUGGCUUCUUUGUUUCAUACCAGAUUAUCCUAUGCUUAACUUCAUGCUUACAACUGCGAUCUAUCUUCUUCUGUCAUACCGUGUGUUUGAGAUCACAAAUGUCUUGAAGGGGGCAUUUAUCCCCAGUAGGGAUAACAAUCGUCUAUACCAAAAUUUUGUUGCUGGGAUCGCCAUCUCAGUGUGCCUGUAUUUCUGCUCACUUAUUCUUCUGAAGAUUCCUGUUGUAUAGGGUACUGCAUUUACAGGGAUGAAGAUAUACCAAAUGAAGCAAUCUUGGUAGAAAGGUCGCUUCUGCAAGAUGUUUGAUUGAUAGGAUGUUUUAGCUCUGGCCACGUUUCCCGUUUGCAUCAGGAGAAUAGUCGGAAUACCUGAAGCUGCUGCUCGUCCGAACAACUGGGACAUUGAACUGCCAGAGGCUGCAGAUAUAGAAGUCCAAAUUUUGAUCUUUUUGUUCGUUGAAAACAUUGUACACAAUUAGGCAAACCCGUGCAUUCUUUGGAAGUUGUAGCAACUACUAGCGUAUGUUGAUACAAUACAAGCCUUGUAAGAGUUAUCCUGUACAAUUGUACCAUAGACGGGGCUUUCCUCUUUGUAAAAGGAAAAUAUACAGGCAGAGCCCACGCAUUUCAACUGUAACUAAAAUAGUAUUCGCAUGAUACUACAUGAGGCGCCCUGAAAUUCAA